CUGCAGGCUCAAAUGUAGUAACUCCUGUUUCCCUUGGAGAAAGGAAGGAACACCUCCCUCCACAGAGAGUUAGCAAGAAACAGAGAAGUAAUCCUGCAAACUACCACCACCACCAUGAAGGCAUCAAAUGUUGUUCUCAUCUUCGUCCUGCUUUACAUCAAUGCCAGCACAGAAUGGCCUACGCACACAGUCUGCAAAGAGGACAACUUGGAAAUAUAUUACAAAAGCUGUGAUUCCCAGCAAGAUUUUGCUUUCAGCAUUGACCGUUGUUCUGAUGUCACAACCCACACCUUCAACAUCAGAGCUGCCAUCGUCCUAAGGCACAGCAUCAAGGAACUGUAUGUCAAUGUUGACCUGAUCAUAAAUGGGAAGACCAUCUUAACCUACUCAGAGGCACUUUGCGAGCCGGGUCUUUCUAAGCUGAUUUUCUGUGGAAAGAAGAAAGGAGAACACCUGUACUAUGAGGGACCAGUCACACUGGGGAUCAAAGAAAUCCCACAGGGAGAUUACACCAUUUCAGCAAAGCUGACUAAUGAAGAUCACACCACUGUUGCUUGUGCCGAUUUUACCGUGAAAAAUUAUUUAGAUUAUUAUUAGCAACAAACCAAUUUCAUGAAAGCUACAGACUACCAAAAUUAUUCAAGCCAAGUGAGCUGCUUGCAUACUACAAUGAUUCUGAAGAAAAUAAUCCCCACUUGAUGGUUCUGAUGCUAUUCCUUUUUGUAAUUCGCUAUUUUCAAGAAGUCACUAAACCCUCUAGUGGCAAUUUUAUCUCUAAAUGCACACUGUGGCCCACUUUUUGUUUCUAAUGUAUACAGCUGCAAGUAGAAACUAUCUGAUACCAACAUUCUCAUCUUAGGAUGAAAAUAACAUGAGGCAGAACAGGAGAGAGCCUAAACUUUUCCCCCCUCCCCCAGUAAGUUAUAGAGGUAUCCAUUUCUAACACAGGCUGGAGAUGACUUUCAUAUGUAUCACAUAUUAUGCAGUUACAGCACUCAACAUUUUCAAUCUUUCCUGAGGCCUGUCUGGAGCCUCCACUAGUAUAGGUUUUGUUAUAACCACAGAACAAAGACCAAGUAGGAUGAGCAUGCCUUUUUUUCCAGUAAACCAUGGCCUGUCACUGGAUUCAUAUCACUUGAGUCUUCUGGAGUCUACCUGGAAUUCUUUGGUUUUUAAUGUCUUUUAAGUGAUAUGUGAACCAAUUUGUACCUAAGCUAUGUGCUUUCCUUGCUUCUCAAUAAAUUCAUAAUGAGGGAACAA